AUAAGAGAUCAAGUUUGAAACAAAAAAACAAACGUGCCUCGGCGUUAUUUUGCAACCGUUUGCAUUUAGCUCGUAUAUUAUCGUUAAGUAAACCUUAUCAGUGUACAGUAAACAAUUUUUAAUAAGUGGUGACUUGGCAGCACACCGGUAUUGUUCAUUCAUAAAUAUUGUUUUGAAUAAAGACCCACGUUAGGUUUAAAUUAAUUAUGGCUGAUUUGUUGCAAGGGUUAAAAGACGCUGUGGCAAAUGAAAGAGGAAGUGGUUCGGAUGAAGAUCCAGCUGCUGCAAUUGGCAAACUUCUUAAGGCUCUCAAUGAUAUGCCAGGUUUGACUGAAGAAGACAAGGCCGAGUUAGUGAAAGGUUUAUCCCAAGGUGGCUUGGGGGGUUUAGGCGGUCUUGGAGGAAAACCCCCUAUUGGAGCAGCUAUUAGUAACCCUUGGUUGGAGUUUGCGACACUUUUUGGACUGAUCAGUUUCAUUAUUCUUUUAUUAGGAUUUAUCGGAUAUAAAUUGUACAAUAAUAUGGUGCAAAGGGAAAGGACGAAGGAAAUGAAAAAAAUGAGAAAGACACAGAAGAAGAGGAAAAUGUAUUAGAUUUGGUUAUUAUAUUUUAAAGUAUUUCUCUUUUUUUAAAUUUAUUAUAAAUGUUUACAAUGUAG